AAAAGCUUUCACUGAUUGGCUCGAAUGGCUGACUCAGGUUUCAUCAAAUUCUGAGUUUGCAUUGAAUGAUUAAGUUUUGUUAGUGUACCAUUGCCAACCUCGAACUAAACUUGUCUCUAAGUUUCUUAAACGCUUUCUAUAGCUAUAUUUUGAUGCUUCACUUGAUAAAUGUGAAUUUAAAAAAUCAUCUUUUAAACUAGUUCUUUGGUUAAAUCUGACUAAUUGGCACGUGUUAUUUAAAAAUUUCAUUUUUUCAAUUAAUUGUUCAACUAUGGAUUCAUUAGAUACUGAUGACCAACUUACAAUAGUGAAUCGAUCCACCGAACACCGCAUCAGUAAAAAUUUAAUUCGUAGAAUACCUUAUUUCGAAAAGAUGUUAAGCCAUGAAUGUUUGGAAUCAAAGGAAAACAAAGUUGAACUGGAUUUUGAUGAAAAGGCUUUUAAGUGGCUUCUCAAUUGGAUUGAAUUCGGUGAUAUCCUCAUCGAGAUGGAUUAUAUGAUAAAUCUGUGCAACGUGGCUGACUAUUUCGGGAUAAAAGAUCAUUUAAUGCAAGAUUGUUCUCGUUAUUUUUUUGCAAAUUUUUCUAGCGAACAUCUUCCUGUUGUUAUACCUCAAGUCACUUCUACAUCUAAAUCGUUAAAUUCUGGUGCUAUCAAUUCUUUCAUCUGUCGCCAUUUCUUCAAAAUCGUCAACACAACUUAUUGGUGUGAAUACCCUUUUGAAACAAUUGAGUACAUUUGUGCUUUGGAUUUGAUGGUUCAUUCAGAGUACCAAGUUUUCAAAGCAAUCCAAAAAUGGGUCAAAUUCAAGGUUAGCUCAAGAAAGUAUCAUCUUAAAGGGUUGUUAAAGUUUGUCCGUUGGUGUCAUUUGAAAGAUAAGGAUUUAUCGAAAAUAAAAGAAAAUGUAUUAAUUAAAUCGCACGUCGUUGCACCUGAAAUAUGCUCUACUGAGAAAACUAAUUGUAAAUGCAGUAUCGACCGAACUAAACAAGGUUGUUUUGUCACAAUUGAAGAAUUGGUUAACAAAAAUUUGCGAGUCAAAGUACUUGAUGAUUUGUUGCCAUUGAUUAACCAAGUUAUUCAAUCAGAUGAAUCAAUGCCUUUGCAUCUUUUACAUGGUAAACAUGUUUCUGAUAUUUCAUUUGAUUCUGGAAGGAAAAUGAUUCGAAUUGAUUGCAAGCAGAAUAAUUAUCGUUUGUUUGAUCAUUCAGCUUCUAAAUCACAUUGUCUUAAAAUGAUAAGAUGUAUUUCUGAAGAGCAACAAAGUGAGAAUCGUUUUGUGUCGACAAAGACUCAAUUAUAUUUUGUAGAUAGAAAUCAUACUUAUGAAGGUUCACUUCUCGAUGCUAACGAAAAGUUUAUUCUUGUUCGUAACGAGCUACACCAGUUGGGAGAAUCCAUCUUUUUCAGAUAUUAAUUCUCAAUUCAAAUGGACAUACUUACCUGGCAACUAUUUUGGAUAAAAAAAAUUUAUAUGCUGACAGAUAAACUCGAGUUUUUCCAGUUCGACAUUGAUCGUAAUCUCGUGUUUAAAGGUUUAAAGAAAAAUUGGAAUUUAAUAAGCUACUUUUAACAUCCAAGCAAGCUAAUGAUGAUAGAGUUAUUUUGAUUGAUAAGAUCACAAAAGAUGUUUUCUGUUUCAAUGCCAGCACUGAGAGAUGGAAAUCAAUCGGUCGAAUCAUUGAUUGUAAAAGCAAAUCUGCCGAAUACCAAAAGGAAUCUUGUGCCCUUAAAACUUUUACUUUUGGAUUUGUAUCAAUGGACUCGAUCAACUUUUGCUUGAAACGUAAAUUCAUAUAAUAAAGUAAAGCAUUUUGCGACUUAAGUGAUUUUUGACUUAUUGGGUCUCUUGGAUCUAUAAUAUUAUAUUUUUCAACUCUAAUGGUC